AUGGAUUCUGAUGGUCUUCCUCUGCAACCAAUUUCAUUGGCAUUCGAUCCAACCUAUAACAUACUGAAUAGCACCUUAGGGUAUCUCACAAUAUACGGUAAUGAUACGGCAACAUUCUAUGAGGUACAGUCAAUAAUCAAUAAAACUGCAAGAGAGUCAAUUGCAUAUGGAGUCUGCUGUGGAGCGGUUAUUGUAACCUUUGCUGUGAUGUGGCUGGUAUCAGAUAAAAGGAAAACGCCCAUAUUUAUCUUGAAUCAGAUAUCACUGCUGUUCACCUUCAUACAAUCCGCAUUAUACUUCAAGUAUCUGUUUUCGUACUCGAACUCUUUAGCAUACUCUCUGACAGGGUUUAGCCAAAAACUCACGAACUACGACAGACACAUCACGGCAGCGGCGGAUCUAUUCAAAGUCUUCUUGGUUGCUUCUAUAGAGCUGUCUCUAGUUUUCCAGGUUAGAGUUAUGUUUUCGGGUGAUAGCUUUAAAAAGGUUGGGUAUAGCCUGUUUUUACUCUCGGUUGGGAUUGGGUUGACAACUGUGGCUGUCUACCUUGCUUCGGUUAUAAUGAUCAUUAUCGAAUUGUACGAUAAUCAAUUAAUUCGGGGCCCUAGAUUCUACAACAUUGCAAAUAUUCUGUUUGCUUCAUCCAUCAAUUUUAUGACCUUCAUCCUAGUUGUGAAACUGUUCUUAGCCAUAAGGUCACGGAGGUUUUUAGGCCUGAAACAAUUUGACAGUUUCCAUAUUUUACUCAUUAUGUCCGGUCACUCUUUGAUUAUUCCUUCCAUAUUAACUAUUCUUGCCUACGCUCUUUCGACAAGUGGAACUGAUGUCUUGGUGACUGUUUCGACGUUAUUGGUUGUUCUUUCUUUACCAUUAUCAUCUAUCUGGGCCCAUUCCUCCAACACAGCGUCGAAUGCAAGUACUUUGGGAAAUGAUUUUAACUCCACGGCAAGUGGGUUCUAUCCCAACAGUUCUAGAAGCUACCUUACUCAGAGCUUAAAGUCAACCCCAACCACCGCAAAAGAGAGCAUGAAGGAUUAUCAGACGCGAUUCCGCCACCUAUAUCGAAAAGAGAAGACUGGUGAUAUAGAGGAGGAGUAUUCAAUUAACUCAAAACACAGUGAUACCGACAGUUCUGAAGUACCAAAAGAUCCGUUCUAUGAGAUAUCCUCGUCACUGUCGAAGGAAAAGAGCGACAAAAGAAACACAACGAAAGGAUUAGUGAAGAAACUGGAACUACAAGAAAGCGGCGAGGUAGAUGGUUCAUUUCGAUUAUCGACACCAAAUACAGAAGCAGACAUGGAAGCAAGAAAAUUCUGGCUUGAUGAAAGCCCGGUAAGCGACCAAACUAGAAUAUAA